AUGUCUCUUCCAGAUGGUCCAAAGCUUCCCUCUGUGUCAGUGAGUCCCUCUGCUGAGAUAGUGGAGGGCAGUUCAGUGACUCUGACCUGUAGCAGUGAUGCUAACCCAGCAGCUAACUACACCUGGUACAAGGAGAAUGGAAAUCCAGACCUUCAACGUCUCAGUGAAGAACCACAGCUCGUCUUCAGCUCCAUCCAGUCCUCUCACUCUGGACAGUAUUACUGUACAGCUGAGAACAAACUGGGGAGGAAGACAUCUGAAUACAUGUAUAUUGAUGUGAAAUAUGGUCCAAAGCUUCCCUCUGUGUCAGUGAGUCCCUCUGCUGAGAUAGUGGAGGGCAGUUCAGUGACUCUGACCUGUAGCAGUGAUGCUAACCCAGCAGCUAACUACACCUGGUACAAGGAGAACCAAACACUGCCUCAUGGACAACAAGGCAUCUACCAUUUCACCUCCAUCAGCUCUGAGGACAGAGGGAACUACUACUGCAAGUCUGAGAAUCAUCACGGACACAUCAACUCUACAUCUCAAUUUAUAGAUGUCCAGUAUGGUCCAAAGCUUCCCUCUGUAUCAGUGAGUCCCUCUGCUGAGAUAGUGGAGGGCAGUUCAGUGAAUCUGACCUGUAGCAGUGAUGCUAACCCAGCAGCUAAAUACACCUGGUACAAGGAGAAUGAAGACUCACCAAAAGCAUCAGGACAGAUCUUCACCAUCACUGACUUCAGAGCUGAACACAGUGGGAAUUAUUACUGUGAAGCCCAGAACAGAAGAGGACGUCAGAACUCCACCUUACAUCUGACUGUUGUGGCAGGUUCUAUGAAAUCAGUAGCUGCUGGAUCCAUCACUGCUAUUUUCCUGGCUAUCAUAUUCCUCUGUGCCUUCCUAUUUAUUAGAAGAAAGAGGUCCUCAAAACAAACCACGGAGCCUGGAGAGAGACCAGACAACCAAGCUCAGGUCAGAAGAAGAGUUCAGUCAGAGUCCUCUCUCACCUGGAAACACUUGAAUAAUUUAUUUAUUUAUUCAUUUUACGAGGAAUACCUCUUGAGAUGUGUCAUCUCAUUUUCGAGAGGGUCCUCGGUAGGACUGGACAGUACAAAGGACAAGACAUUACAGUACAACAUACACAUUCACUCACAUACUAACUACCCCCACCUCCCCCACCCCACACCCCUGCCCAGACAUCACCAGAAUGAUGUCUGA